ACAGCCGUCUACAAACUUGACUUCAAGUUUGCAUCUGCAUCCUGUCUUGCAAAAAUUUCUCUCUCAAUAAAUGAGAUAGAGACACAGAAUUCAUGGAAGAGACUGAAAAGCAACUGCUACUUUCAAGAUCUGAGCCCAAUGCUCAUGGCGUUCAACACUUUCUGCCAUCCAGUGAUUCUUUGUCCACUCCUGCUGUGGUUCUCAGUACUAUGGUCGCCAUCUGUGGUACCUUAGCUGUUGGCUGUGCUACGGGGUAUUCGUCACCUGCUCGGACUGGAAUCAUGGAGGAACUGGGCUUGUCUGUGGCAGCUUACUCCAUCUUUGGUUCUGUCGUUACAGUUGGAGGAAUGCUAGGUUCAUUAAUAACUGGAACAGUGUCAGAUCUCAUUGGUCGAAGAUAUACGAUGUGGGUGUCUGACUUUUUCUUCAUCAUUGGGUGGCUCGCAAUAGCAUUUUCACAGGGUGCUUGGUUGCUGGAUCUUGGAAGACUUUUAGUGGGAAUUGGAAUCGGGAUUACACUGUUUGUGGUACCAGUUUACAUUGUGGAAAUAACUCCUAAAAACAUUCGUGGGGGAUUUACAUCUGCUUAUCAGUUCAUGGCAAGUUGUGGACUCUCACUGAUAUAUUUCAUUGGAACUGUUGUUUCCUGGCGUACCUUGGCGCUAAUUGGGGCUCUUCCAUGUGCAUUGCAAACUAUAGGCAUUUUCUUCAUUCCAGAGUCGCCUAGAUGGUUGGCAAAAGUUGGUCAAGAAAAAGAGUUAGAAGUGACUCUGCAGCACCUCAGGGGAAAGACAGCUGAUAUAUCUCAGGAAGCAGCUGAAAUUAUAAGCUAUACCAAGACCUUUCAAGGGCAUUCUCAAACUAGAUUUCUAGAAUUAUUCCAGUGGAGAUAUGCUCAUACCCUCAUUGUGAGCCGUACAUCUAAAAUCUCAGUAUGGUAUCUCAUGGAUGACAAAUCUCGUCAUUACCUAUCUAAAAUUCUAUGGAUAUCUACUUGGUUCAGGUUGGUGUUGGGAUGCUUCUAUUUCAACAGUUUGGAGGCAUCAAUGCAAUUGCAUAUUAUGCCACCUCCAUUUUUGAAAAAGCUGCUGAUGACAGAUUUUUCCAGUAAUGUUGGGCUAAUAUCAAUGGCUAUUGUCCAGAUUCCAGCUACUGCUGUAUCUGUUCUCUUAACAGAUAAAUGUGGAAGGCGACCACUUCUCAUGGUUUCUGCCUCUGGCAUGUGCUUAAGUUGCUUUGUCAUAGGAAUGGCAUUUUGCUUGCAGGACCCUCGAAAGGAGAUAGGGAUCAGUCCCAUUCUGGUGUAUAUUAGUGUAUUGGGCUAUGGUGUGGCCGCAUCGGUGGGCAUGUUAGGAUUACCAUGGGUUAUAAUUUCUGAGAUAUUGCCUAUAAACAUCAAGGGCACAGCUGGAGGUCUGGCAACUUUUCUCAAAUGGAUGUGCUCCUGGAUAGUUACAUAUACUUUUAAUUUUAUGAUAGAAUGGAGUGCAGCGGGAACAUUUUUCAUACUCUGUGGACUUUGCGGCGCAGCUGUUUUGUUCAUUGCAAAGGUGGUGCCAGAGACCAAGGGGCGAAUGUUGGAAGAAUUACAAGCUUCAAUUACUCACGUUUCUGCAGUAAGAAAAACCACAAGUACUUGAGAAAAUAAUUGGAGAAAAAUUGUUUUUUCCAAACAUUGUGUUGUAAUGAUUACAUUGGCAUGUUGGCUCUAAUAAUGAUUGAAGCACCAAGAAAGUGCAAAUUCUUUUGAAAAAGAUGCACCACCAGACUGCGGUGGCAAGUAGCGAGAGAUGAUUUAGAAAUCAGACUAUGGACAUAUUUAUAAAUUUUUAUUAUUUAUUGGACUUUUA